AACCGAAAGAUGAGCUAUUUCAAGAUCCCCGUUCUUUUUAUAUUAGCAAAUCUAGCAGCACUUUUAGCUCUACCUCUGAGUUCAGAAAUUGAACAAAUCAGCGAAAACGACUGGAACCAAUGCCGGAAAUAUUUGAAGACAUUUUACAACAUGACAGGGUCAACUUUGAAAAAGAGCGCUAACGGAUUGACGCAGAAGAUUGGAGAAAUGCAAGAAUUCUUUGGUCUGCAAGUAACGGGGACCCUAAACAGUGAAACCGUGGCCAUCAUGAACAAGGCCCGCUGCGGAGUCCCUGACCUCGAGCAGUACACUUUAUUCCCAGGGGAACCUCGGUGGCCUCGCAACAGAAUCACUUACAGAAUUGUAAACUACACUCCCGACCUGCAGAAACGAGAGGUGGACACUGCGCUUUCUUUGGCCCUGAAAGUCUGGAGCGAUGUCACCCCUCUGACCUUUGUCAGGCUCUACACUGGAGAGGCUGACAUCAUGAUAUUGUUUACAAGAGGAAGUCAUGGUGACUUUAGCCCGUUCGAUGGAGAAGGUGGGAUUCUGGCUCACGCUUUUGCUCCUGCAAAAAACAUCGGUGGUGACACCCAUUUUGAUGACGAUGAAAGGUGGACGUUGUCAAGCAAUGGAGUCAAUUUGUUCCUUGUUGCGGCCCAUGAAUUUGGACAUGCUCUAGGACUGGGUCACUCAAAGGACAGAUCCGCGUUGAUGUUUCCCAUCUAUUCAUAUGUCAACACCAAAGGGUAUCGUCUCCCGGACGAUGAUGUUCGAGGGAUCCAGGCAAUAUAUGGAGCUCGGCAAGAUCCAAGACCACGCCCAAGACCAACACAACCACAGCCCAAACCACCUCAACCAACAAAAACAUCGGACAGGUGUAAUCCUCACUUGUCAUUUGAUGCAGUUACUAGUUUACGUGGAGAAAUUUGGUUCUUUAAGGAUGGAAUCUUUUGGCGGAAACUCUAUCAACGUCAAGAUGUAACAUCAGUUCCAAUCAAGCAUAUUUUUCCAAACAUUCAAUCAGUAGAUGCUGCAGUUGAACUCAAGAACAGAGAUGUGGCAGCUCUUUUCAAAGGCUCAAUGUACUGGCUAAUUAGAGGCUUCAGGACUUUGGAAGGCUAUCCUAGGAGCAUCAGAUCCUUUGGAUUUCCAAGAUCUGUUACACACAUAGAUGCUGCCCUAUAUAUCACGGAGACAAGAAAAGUAUUAUUCUUUGUGGGAAAUGAGUACUGGAGUUAUAAUUCAAUGAGGAAGCAAAUGGACAGAGGCUACCCAAGAAGGAUAGAUUACGACUUUCCUGGAAUUGAGAACAAAGUGGAGUCAGCAUUUCAAAAUUUUGGCUACUUCUACCUAUCUAAUGGAGCAAGACAGUAUGAAUAUGACUACAGGAACAAACGUGUUACCCGAGUUUUGAGGCCAAACGAUUGGCUAAAUUGUCAUUAGCUAAUAAUAAAUAAUUUACUUUAGUAUCUGUCUAAUGCAUUUUCAUCAGAGAACUGUACUGUAUGAAAGCAGUGGUGCUUCAUGUCAGGUUCAAAUUUUAUUAUUUUGUCGUGACAUGAAAAAUAGAUCAAUUUUUAAUAAUUAAAAAUUCUUAACACAUAAAUGUAUCACAUUUUAUACAUUUAUCUUUAAACAAUUGUUGAAUAUUCUUUCAUGAUGAUUCAUAUAUAUCAUUUCAUUAAAUUGCAUCGAGAUCUUAAGGUGUAAUUAAAGUAUAUAGGCAUAAUGAAAGGGCCAAAACAAAAUUGAUAUAUAGUUAAUAUUUUUGCACUGUAUUUGUGUAGUCCAUUCCUAUCAUUUUCAUAUUGUUUAAAUUGCUUAAAUGAUACACUUCUACUAUGAUGAUUGUUUUAUUUAAUUGAAAAUAACCAUUUAUUAAUCUCUAUUUGUGGUGUAAGUUAUAUAACAUGCAUAAUUGUGAAUUAUGAUCUUAUUUCACGCCAAAAUAUCGAUUGAAUGUUUGUUUAGAUUGCAUGUUACUGAAGCGUUAUUAAGUUUCACCUCCUAUGCUCUUCAAAUGAUUUGUUGGCAUUAUGAUAUAUGUUUAAUAAUGUCAUUUGCCAUUAUUCAUUAAUUUGCAGAGUGAGCAUUCACUUUAUGUAAUUAACAAAACCUGUACUGUGGUUGGAGAUUUAAUCAUUUGAAAAGUAAGUAACUGUGGCUUGGCAUAAUUUCUGACUUUUACCAAAUUGUGAUAUUCAGACUAGUUGCACAUAUUUUCUGCUGGUAUGUUUCAUAUCUGUAACAACGUUGAAUCACUCAAAUGUAUAAUUUUGCUAAAUCAUUUGUAAUUAAAUCAUAAUUCUUCAAAGCAUACUGAAAUAGGAAAUAAAAGUCUUGAACUGAA